GGGCAUUAACCCGUGAAUCAUAGCAUCAAAGAAGCUCACAUCUACGGGAAUUGCCCGAAGACGCCCUGACAUCUUAAGCGAGUGGAUACACCUCUCACCUUAGACGCCCCCUCGAAGAUCUUGUUUUCUUUUCUAGAACGUGUUUAACAUGAUGCUUCUCACCUUAGACCCUUGUCUCGGUAGCGAGCGGUGUGGGAAUUGCAGAGCCGCAGCCGCAGCCGCAGCCGCAGGAUGGAGUCGAUGGGCCUUUGGGAUCAUGCCAGAAGUGAAAAAGCACGCCAGACAAGGGCCAGACGAGGCUCAAAAUGUGGACCCCGUAGAUAGUGAUGAAGAGAAUCGGAAGAGGUCGGACACGAUUUAUGUGAGACAGAGUCCCUCGCGGGUUAUUUUCUUGAGAGAGUUGUUGUCGUCGGUAGGAUCGGAGCCGAAGUGGGCAUCUUGAAUCAAAUGGAAUGCGCGGUAACUUUCUUUUUAUUGAUUCUUACACUGCCGGUUGGUUAGGUUGCAUUAUCUACUGCAUCGUCGACUGUGGCUGCAUUAUGUUGCAUGCCGUGCUAUUUCCGAGCCUUAGUGAGUCAGUGGUCUGGAAACCCACCUGAGUCGACUUAUUCUGAGAGGAAAACAUCAAACAAUGGAGUUCGCAGGGGUUGAGGAGAGCUGGGAAUAGAGGCAGGUUGAUUUGAUGACGGCGUUGAGCCUCCGUUUGCGGCCGCCCCUCUCUGAUCAAGAUUGCGCUCAACAUCAUGAGAUUGACAUGUUACUCAUUCAUCCUCCAUGAUCAUGACGUAUAUAUCUUGACGAUUCCACCAUCAACACUUACCUUUUGAAGGAGAGAAACACCAAUUAACCAUUGCAAAGCCUAGACCCUGAUCCUAGAUCGCUAGGGCCUCUCUGGCUCCCGAUCUUAACCCUUGCCAAACUGUGGAUUCAACGGCCGUUCCGUACGGGGCAUCGCUCGGCACCGGGACGGUACUUGUCACCUUAUGCUCAGCUCAUGAAUAUCAGUAUCAGUACUGAUCAGUAUGAGUCUCAGUCUCAUAUCUGUGGCUGUACUGGACACGAAGAUCCGUAUUAUUUCCUAGGCGCCGGCAUUCGGCAUUUUGGAACUUAAUGCGUUGAUGCAACACCACAGUACACAGUCACCGCCAUCAAAUCAAUCUCUUUUGACUCGUCACCAGCUAACUAAUAGUUUGGUCUCCAUGGCUGGCUGCACAACCUUUACUCAAGAGAUCGGCACUUGCUUAUGCUCGCUUCGUCAAUUCAGCUCACAAGAGUUAAAGCCAGCGCGAGUCAGCUCAGCUUAUCUGGCUGACAGGUAUGGAUGGAUGCCACUAAGAUCAAGACACAUUUGAAGACAGCAAGAAAAAGCGAUAAUUCAAUCUUUCGGUCAACGUCAGUCACCGUGUGAUAUGAUCCAUUCGUUGCAGGGUGUGUAGCUAAGAUAAGGAUUCUAUCUUCGAAUGGAACCAAUUGUCACCCGAAUUUCAAUUGCGUGGCUCAGAAAGCGACCUUGUUUCCUUCACAAUCAUCAGCCAUUCUGCAUGUACCAUCCCGUCCCGAUCCUUGGUCUGACCCAUGAUCCCUGUAAUCUUUUUAGUUCCUGGCCCUGGCGUCUCGUAAGUUCAAGGUCAGAACCUGGGAGGGUGUGUCCGUCAAUCGGCCAUGUCCACGACCACGUCUAAUUCAAGGUCAAUUCUCUUGACUCACCUUGUAAUGUCUAAUAUAUAUAUUAACUCUCAAUCUCCCCCUUUCUUGCUUCUACUCCCGUUCAUAUCAUCUCAACAACAACAUAUCUACACGCUCAUCAAUCUUAUCAUAUCAUACGACUCAACGCCUCAAAGAUCGGCACUACAACAUCAACACCAUCAUUGGAUAACAUCAUUCAAGCCAACAACAGCUAGCCUACCUAGUCAUUCAUCAGUCUAGCAGCUCUCCCAGCUUGAUUUAAGAUCUCGUCAACAUCCGCUAGUCAUUUCGACUCUACUCAAUCUACUCUCAACCAGCUUAAACCACCACUUACAUCACUAUAUUUUGAUACCGACAAUCACUAUGGCCACUACUAUCCAACAACAAGAACCCCACAAGACCGGCUUUCUUGACCUCCCAGUUGAGAUUCGUCUGGAAAUCUACGAUCAACUCCUCCUCACAGCGCCUUACACCCGAUGUGGCCGACCAUGCCCUGAGCAAAAAGUCCACGCUUCUCUCCUCCGCACCAACCGCCAGAUUCACGAUGAAGCUACAGAUCUUCUCUACGGCUGCAAUACAUUCCUCUCUCAUCCCACACUACUCACCUCUUUCCCCCGCCUCCGAAACUGGUACGGCCCCGUCAAGGAGUCAUCCAUCAUCCCAAGCAUCCGCCGCUUCCACACCCAAGUCCGCCUCGACGUCGAUCUCCCCUACGACGCUGAUGCUGUGACAAAAGCGUACAGCGGACUUGACGAGCUCACCAUUGACGUUGUUCAGUCGAUGUUCCUCGGCGUCGGAUAUCGCAAUCUACGCAUGUUUGAGGGUGUCAGGGGCGUCAAGAAGGUCAAUGUCACUGGCAGCACAACUGGCUUCGAGGACUACGUCGAAUGGCUCAAGAUGUCCAUGAUGGCUGAACCUGGCGCCAAGGUUCCCGAGUAUGAACCUCAACAGCAAGCUGGUUGGAUCCAGAGAUUAGCUACUGUUCACUAUUGAGCUGCUUACUCUACUCUCUUCCCUCGUUCAGCGAGUCUACUUCGGUGUAUGGGUUUGUUGGAUUUGAAGCAACGGCGAACAAAAGCAUUAACGAAUCUGAUGAAUCUGUCUAUUUAUUUAGACUUUGGAGUUUUGGUAAUUCAACAGGCGUCGGAAAAUGGGAAUUUGAUUUAGAGAUUCCCACUGCGCAUAAUGAAAAGGCGCAUCAGAUCAGCUUUAAUUGUCAACUAUAUUUGUUGCAUUUUUUACAUAAUAGAAUUAUAUCCUUCUCAUAAUCCUGAGAAUUACAUAUCAGAGUCUCGCUGUUUUUAACUAACUUGUAACGAUAUGGAUUCUAUGUUUACUGUAUCCACACAAUCCUCACAAGAUGGUGGUUGUUCAGUUGAAUAGAUACCUACUCAUUACGCCCGCAACUUUACUUAAGGAUUAUCACAUCAUUAAAACAAAUGCAUGAAAGUGCUAGAAUUAUAUUAAAUAUUUUACGAUGUGCCAUGUCUUACUCUAUCUAAGAGCCACUGUGGGCCCGAACAGCAACGGAAUGUUGCAUUUGAUGUCACAAAAAAGCAUCGUGCUCGUAUGUUCUAGUCUCUCAGGUACUAUUGUAAUUUCUGGAAUCAAAUGACAAGAGCGACCUCUCAUGAGAAAAAGGAGACAAGAGAUUGCUUAGUUUAAGUUGAGGAACACAGUCAUGAACUCGUCAAACGAUGGCAUAGCUCCAAUGUAUUGAAUUGGGACCAUCCUUAUGAUCUGACAUUUUCUGAUCAUCAGUUCAUAUUCAUUGUUUGAGACAAGACGACCUAAAUUUCUCACAAAUUCAAAGACUCCCAUGUUAAGCGAUUAAAUCGUUCUUUGUACUAAGCACGCUGUGUUCGUCGCUCAGGCGGCUGUGGAACUUGCGUCGCUACGCCUGCAGCAUCUCUGAAGAGAUAGCGCAUUAAACACACCUUUGAGACCAAAGUCUCGAUUAAUCUUGCUGCUCUAACGAUUCUGUUAAACAGAUACGCUUCGUGAAUCACCUGUUACACUCAAUUCCCAUAUAAACCGCCACACAUGAUUCAUGAACGUGCUUUCUUUUCCACAAAACGAUUCAAACAAGCUAUAGUAACAAUAAUACUGAACUCUAAACAUAACAUAGUAAAGGGUGGUAAAAAUACAGCUCCCAUCAUGCCCUUUGAAUGCCCCAGAACGCCGAGUCUGAUGCAAAAGAAGCAGACGCUCUCCCUCGCCCGCUCCGCUCCGCCAGGAACCGGAUAUCCGACUUAUCUCUAUCUCAUCCUGCUUCUUUUUU